UAUUUUUAAUUAUCUAGCAUUUAAAAGCGAACAAAAUGUUAGUAUUUCACACGUCAUGAUCACAUGAUAACGACACUUCCGGAGAUUGACCUGAGUGUAGAGACGAAACUUGCUACAAGAUGAAUACUCGUGGCCUGCGCUCACAGCUGAAGGACAGUGUUCCUGUGACAGGUCUGUGUCCACAGGCAGGUUCUUAUGGGGUUCAAGACACACUGCGCCGAGGGUUCUCUAGUGUAAAGAAUGAACUGCUUCCGAGUCAUCCUUUGGAGCUCUCUGAGAAAAAUUUUCAGAUUAACCAGGAUAAGAUGAACUUCAACACUCUUAGGAACAUCCAGGGACUCCAUGCACCUCUCAAAUUACAGAUGGAGUACAGAGCAGCUAGACAGAUUCAGCGUUUGCCCUUCUUGCCAAGCUCAAAUCUGGCCCUAGAUACCCUCAGAGGAAGUGAUGACACCAUUGGCUUCGAGGACAUCCUCAAUGAUCCUGUCCAGUAUGAGAUGAUGGGUGAGCCUCACAUCAUGACUGAAUAUAAGCUUGGUCUCCUGUGAGGAUGGCUUUUCUGCACCGACUAAUUUCUAAUAAAAUGUUAAAUCUAA